ACCAACUAUGAACAACCGGCCGAAGUGUACUUUAUUAAUCCUUCUAGUGGUCACCGCAGCAGUAAUUGUCUCUGCCAGCAUUGAUGUUAUGUUCGAAAAAAUCGAACAAGUUAAUGGUACGCACAUUUAUGAUCUCAGUAAAAUCAGAGUGCGCAAGUUUAACCGGACAAUUUGGGUGCUGGAUGGUACCAUGGAUUUGCUAGUCGAUGGAGACGACCGAUAUGAGAUAUCUGUCAUCGCAGCCUACAGUUCUUUAGGCAACAACCAGUUCAACCAGUAUCCGAUGAAGAUUGCCCCACAUAGAUUGUGCCAAUUCUUCAGUACGACCUGGAGGGAAUAUUAUUCGUACUUUAAGGAUUGCACUAACUUCCCGGAAAUCGGAGCAUGUCCUGUAACCGCAAAGCAGUACUACGCGAAAAAUCUUAUACUGGAUUCCAACAUUUUUCCACCCUAUCUGCCUCGAGGACUGUGGCGAUCAAGUGUGAUUAUGAAAAUGGUCGGCAAUGAGGACAUCGUAGCUCGCACGGAUGUUUAUUUCAAAGUUGAACCUAAGGGAGUGUUCUGAUGUGUUUACUUGUACUGCUAUAGAAGUUGAAAAUGAAUAUUUUAAAACAAUUUCUACUGGGAAAAGCAUA